UCCUAGCAUCUUCAAAGCUCAUCCCUUUUCCUCAGUCAUGCAAGAUAAAAUGCCUUGGGUUUGAUGUGGAAGCAAAGACGGAAAGCUGGAUCAUAUGCUUAGAUCGAGGUUUCUUGUGCGAGCAGCUGGAGUCACUACCACUUGCCAUCUUGGUCAAGAUCGGUUUUUUACUUUCCCUAUCGGUGCAUUGUUGACUUCAGCCCAGCUGGGUUUCAUUCAAUUGCAAGAAACAAUGUGGCUGUUGCUUGUUCAGCACGAAUUACGGAGUUGAGUUUAAUGUCUGGGAAAGAAAAAACAAACCAGAAAUACAACUGCCUGGAACAUAUGAAGGUGACAGCUUCUCAUGGUUCUUUGAGGACACACCCUUGUCCCAAAAUGUCUCUGUUUCAAUCCAAGAUCAAGCAGGAACGACUCAAAGAUGCCCAUACUCCAUUGUCCACUCUCUCAUUUUCCUCCUCUCCUUUGCCGCUUAGCGGUGGUGGCUACCGAGAGCUAUCAGCACCAUCGUCUUCUUCAAGUAAUAAAGUUAGCCCAGCAGUUUGGUUCUUUAUAGUCAUCCUUGCGGUUGUCUUUUUCAUAUCUGGUUUUCUCCAUUUGCUGAUCAGAUUUCUCACAAAUAAUAGAUACCCCUCACAAAUCCCAGAAUCCAAUAGAGACCCUCAGGUCUCCGGGUCUAAUGCUUUUCAAAGGCAAUUGCAGCAGCUGUUCGAUCUCCAUGACUCCGGCCUCGAUCAAGCCUUCAUAAAUGCUCUUCCUGUCUUCCGGUAUAAGGAGAUCAUGGGUCUCAAAGAGCCAUUUGACUGUGCUGUUUGUCUAUGUGAAUACUCCGAACAAGACGAGCUGAGAUUGCUUCCGCUAUGUAGUCAUGCUUUCCACAUCGAUUGUAUAGACACAUGGUUGCUUUCCAAUUCUAGUUGUCCUCUCUGCAGAGGGUCGCUCUAUGGGCAUGGAAUAGCAAUCGAAAACCCUGUUGUCCAUUUCAACGAGCCGAGGGAAGAAGAUGGGAUCCCUGCUGUUGGAGAGAGUAUGAUUUCUCCGGCUAUGAAGCCAGAAGAAAGUAAUAUCCUUUCUUCAAAGAGGGUACUUUCGGUCAGACUGGGCAAGCUGAGAAAUUCCAACAACGGUGGAGCUGAACGAAAGGAGGGAGAGGCCAGUACUAGUGGCAGUAAUUUGGACUCGAGGAGGUGUUAUUCCAUGGGUUCGUACCAAUACGUAGUUUGUGAUGCAGAGUUGCUAGUAGCCUCGUCCCCAAACUGUGGUGACCUCGGAGGCGACGGCCUGGGAAUCACAAAAAGGAGCAGCGGACGAGAAGGGAACUCCAAUUCCGAUGGCGACAAUGCCGAGGGGAAGAGGAUUAGCAUCGGGAAUAAAGGCGAAAGCUUUUCUGUUUCCAAGAUCUGGCUUUGGUCUAAAAAGACUAGAAUCCCAAGUCCAGUAGGAAGCAUCCCUCUCGCUCCGGCUUCACGAUGGAUCGAUAGGUCUCAGGUCACAUGAGCAAGGAAGGCAUUUUGUAUUAUUUCCGUCUACAUCACUACUUGCCAUAUUAAUCUGACUCCUGCACAAAGACCGUUUCCAGUUAGCCUGUGAAUGAUGCUGCUUCUCUGUAAAUAGGCUUAUGCCAAAAAGAUCCGACUUUACUCUGCUUUUGAGUGAAUCCUCAUGCUUUGCAGGAUCAAAGGACAACCCUCUUCGUAAUUUUGCUUAAGAAUUUUUGGUUUUCUUGCUUCUGAGCA